CCUGCGCCCGUCCUGUAACCACCGCAACGCGCGUUGAUGCAACACACAAAUAGUAACAUAAUCCGGGAGUGUCCCAUCCGGGGACGUACGAAAAACCCCAUGGCAAACAGCGAGCUGAUUCAGCUUCCCUGGUUCCACACUAACUGUUCUCGUCAUGUGGCGGAGGGUCUACUCAUGGCCAACGGCAAGGAGGGCUCGUACCUGUUGCGCGAGAGCACGAGGACGCCCGGCGACUAUUCCCUCUCGGUGAGAUGCGCCGAGUCGGUCAAACACUUCCAGAUCGCCUGGGACGGCCGCAACUACACGUUCGGGAUGGGAAAGUUCGCGACACUUCGCGACUUCGCCGACCACUUCGAGAGUCAGCCGAUGAUAGGCGGGGAGUCGGGCGUACUGACACUACUGAGGUAUCCCUACCCGCGGCAUGUGGAGGAACCCUCGAAGUACGACACGGUGACAGUACACGCCGAGUUGGGAAGGUCAAUGGCACACGGUGAGAAAUCGAAUGACGUUCCACCGGUUUUAUCCAUCGCAUCGAAGGAGGGUUACCUCACCAAACUGGGAAAGAACGUCAAGAACUGGAAGACGCGUUGGUUUGUGCUGUACAAGAACGAGCUGCGUUACUACAAGACGAGGACGGAUAAGACUCCAAUCAGGGUCAUCGACCUGAAGACUUGUUCGGACAUCGCGCCCGAUCCACGUCAGGAGAAGUCGAAUUGUUUUCGUGUUGUCACCAAGACUCGGACUUUCUUUAUCUACGCGAGUUCAAGUCAAGAGAUGCACGAGUGGUUGGAGAUACUCAGAUGGAGACUCAAUCACGUGACAUCCUAGUGGGUCGUUUUCGUAUAAACGUUUUGUAUAUAUAUAUAUAUAUACAGUAUUUGCGAUCGAACUUUAUAUUGUUGAGCCACUCGUAUGUUGACUCGUUUAUAGUGUUGAGUUUAUGACUUGGUGGAAAGAGAUUUAGCUAUUUUAAUCAUUGAAAUUAAU